GCCUUACCGUAGGUACCACAGUACAAGCUAUAGGCCUUUGCAUCCGCAGUCCCGCGACCGCGAGAAUCUGCCGCAGUAGGCCUCGCGGCGCGCGCGACCUCUGGAAGCGAGCCCCCGACUGCGGCUGCGGGCGAUUUGCUUUGGCUCAGCUGCCCUGGCCCGCAAAUGUCGGGCUCACCAGGCGCGAGCGACGAGGCGAAGCGGGUCGUCUACGCCUGCCUCGCGGCGCUCGACCUUCUCGAAGCGGGCGGCGAGCCGCUGCGGGAGAAGUACCCGGCGACGGGCGGCCUCGCGGCGGCGUUCUACGGGGCCCUGCGCGCCGUCCACGGCCCGCGCGCGGGCCGGCCGCGGCUGGCGUACCUCCUCGCGUGCGCCGAGGCGGCGCGGCGCGCGCUCGAGGACCUGCGCGAGAAGCGGAGCAAUUUUUUCGGCGCCGAGUUCCGGGAUCGCUCGCCGCUGUCGACCCUGAAGAACGUCGAGCGCAAGGUCCGCCAGCUCACCGCGUCGUCGUCCGAGGCGUCGUCGGCCGACGCGCGCGCGGCGGCGAGCUACGCCGGCGGCGCGCUCGGCGACGACGACGCGGAGGCGACCAUCGCCGACGUGCCGACGAGGCUGCUCUGGAUCGAGCGCUUCGGCCGGUACUCGACGGAGGUGCCCUGGCGCCAGUUCGCGCGCGCCGUCGUCGACGAGUUCGGCGAGCAACCGCGCGGCACCGUCGACGCGCUGCGGCCCGCGCUCGGCGUGACCGCGCGCAACGAGUUCGUGUCGAUGGCGCGCCUCGGGCGCUUCGCGUCGCGCGGCGGGUUCUACGCCGCGUUCGUCGCGCUCUCGGACCCGGCGCGCGUCGUCUACGCCAUGGGCACGGUCGACGACGACGCGAACGGCGGCGACGCGUCGCCGCAGCUCGUCGAGGGCCUGCUGGGCCUCCCCGUGGCGAGCGUCUGCUGCGGCGGCCAGCACGCGGCGGUCCUCACGCGCGACGGCGACGUCUACACGUGGGGCCGCGGCGGCUUUGGGCGGCUGGGCCACGGGGACGUGCGGUCGCUCAAGGCGCCGCGGCUCGUCCGGGGCGGCCUCGCCGGCGUCGUCUGCGCGCAGGUCGCGUGCGGCUUUGCGUACACGGCCGCCGUCUCGCGCGACGGCGCGCUCUACACGUGGGGGGCGGGGGAGAACGGGCGCCUGGGCCUGGGCGACGUCGACGACCGCCACGAGCCGUCCCUGGUCGAGGCGCUCUGGCCGCGGCGCCCGCUCAGGCGCGUGAACGCGGGCUCCGUCCACACCUGCGCGCUGGGCGUCGACGGCGUGGCGUACAGCUUCGGCAAGCACGAGUACACGGGCCACGGCGCGGCCGCGGACGUGCUCGCGCCGCGGCCGCUCGCGGGCGCGUUCGGCGGGCGCGCGGUCCGGGAGAUCUCGGUCGGGCCCGGCGGCUACCACACCGUCGCGCUCGUCUCGCCGUCCGCGGCUGUGUGGCAAUCAACCAGCGCGUCCGAUUCGCCUGGGACUUUUUUGCGAGAUGCCCACGACCUUGGUUUCUACCCAGGUCCGACGUGUACACGUGGGGCCACAACCGCGUCGGCCAGCUCGGCUACGCGAACGAGGACGUCGUCCCGCGGAACGGCGAGGGCGCGCACUUCGUGCCGCGGCCGCGGCGCGUCGAGUCGGUCGCGGGGCUCCGCGUCCGGCGCGUCGUCGCCGGCUGGGGCCACACGGCACUGCUGACGGCCGACGGCGCCUGCUACGUCUGCGGCCGGAACUUCCAGGGCCAGCUCGGCCUCGGCGACCCCGAGGCGUUUCCGCACAACGAGCGCGGCCACCCGUACCAGCCCGACUUCCGGCUCGUCGAGACGCUCGCGCGGAAGCGCGUGGCCCAGGUCGCGUGCGGCGGCGAGCACAGCGUGGCGCUGACGGCGGACGGCGAGGUCUACUCGUGCGGCGCCGGCAACAAGGGCCAGCUCGGCCACGGCUCGGGCGAGAACGAGCAGUUCCCGCGCCUCGUCGCGCGCCUCAAGGCGACGCGCCGCGACGUGCUCGAGGUCGCGUGCGGCAACAACGGCACGCUGGUCCUCUGCGGGUACUUCGAACCGCCGACGCUCUUCGAUCGCUGCGCCGAGGUCCUCGUCGCCGCCGGCGACGCCGACGCGCUCGACGCCGCGCUCCCGCCGUCGAUCGCCGCGCGCGUGCGCGCCGCGCGGACCGCGUCCCGGCCGGAAUCGCCGGAAGGCCCGUCCGCCCAGCCCUGACGCCGCUUCUAUCUGUCUGCCGUCCUUUUUAUAAUGUUUCUGCUCCUGGAUGCAUGCCCCUCCACUGGCAUAUCAGAUAGCCGCCAAAUCGCGGUGUCCCUUCACGUAUUUCGCCUCCCGCUAGAGCACGCGACCAACGAAAUGACUUGAGGCAAAAAUUGAAAAAAGGAAGGGAAGCGCCGCAGGACAAGGUGGCCCGAAGAAGAGAAAAGCCUGAUGAAACCCGUCCGAGUCCAUAAUGGCUCCCUGCAUACGGCGCGUUAAACCUCCGCUGACGCUUCCCUGGGGGCGGACAAGGCCGC